AUGCCCCUCUUCGGCUCCUCGAAAUCCACCACCUCCGACACCGCCUCCGACCACCACGAGCAGCCGCAAAACGACCCCGUCGCAUCUGCAUCCGCCGCCGCCGGGACGGAAUGGCUCGCUGGACAUCUGCAUCAUCUCACGGAUGAGCAGCAGGGGAAGUUGGAGGAGUUUAAGAAGCUGUGUGGGGAGAAGGGGUAUUACAAGGCUGCCAGUGAGGAGAAUGGGGGGAAGGCUAGUCAUGAUGAUGCGACGAUGUUGCGCUUUCUCCGCGCACGCAAGUUCGACGUGAACGCCGCCUGGGACCAGUUCAAAGACACCGAGGACUGGCGGCGGGAUAAUGCGAUUGAGAAGCUCUACGAGAACAUCGACGUUGAUUCCUACGAGUCUGCUCGCCGGAUGUACCCCCAGUGGACCGGCCGGCGCGACCGCCGCGGCAUCCCCGUCUACGUCUUUGAAAUCAAACACCUCAAUUCCAAGAACAUGGCCGCCUACAACGAGACAAUGAGUACCUCAAACCUUCCCGCGGAGGCCCAGAAGUCAUCUACCGUGCCAGAGCGGUUGCUACGCCUUUUCGCGCUGUAUGAGAAUCUGCUUAGAUUCGUGAUGCCUGUUUGUUCGAAGCUGCCGCGGCCGAACCCCGAGACGCCUAUUGUCACGAGCACGAAUAUCGUUGACGUUAGUGGGGUGGGACUGAAGCAGUUUUGGAAUCUGAAGGGGCAUAUGCAGGAUGCUAGUGUGUUGGCUACGGCGCAUUAUCCCGAGACGUUGGAUCGGAUCUUCAUCAUCGGCGCACCUAGCUUCUUCCCCACAGUCUGGGGCUGGAUCAAGCGCUGGUUCGACCCGGGCACAACAUCCAAGAUCUUCAUUCUCUCCGCCUCGGAUGUAAAACCAACACUAACCUCCUUCAUGGACCCCUCCAGUAUCCCCAAGCAAUACGGCGGCGACCUCGACUGGACAUGGGGCGACAUGCCGAAUCUGGAUAAUGACACAAAGGAUAUUAUCGGCGGUGUUGAGUCUGGGGAGGGCGAGAAGAAGGAGUUUUUGAAGGGGCCGAUGUUGUUUGAUGGGGACAAGAUACAGGUCCUUGGGAGAGAGAAGAAGGGGGAGGAGAAGGAUGGGAUUGAGAGGAGGUGGGAUAUUCCCGUGACUGCCAAUGGUGCUAGCGCACCUGCUGGUGAUAGUGAGAAGCCUAGUGAGACUGCUACUGCUGCUGCUCCGGCACCUGUGCAGGAGGCAUCUUAG